GAAUACCAGUGCGUAGAUUUUCCAGAUGAUUGUCAAUAAAUAAAACAUUGCAGUCAAGUAAAACUGUAAUUAAUAAAUAAUCGAGGGAUAUUGACGGACUUUUGAAGGAUACGAGUGCUUUUUUGUCUUGAAUUUUGAAAAUAUCUUGACCUUUGCACAUCGAGCGGAAUGGGAAUAUCGGAGACACUGAAUUACGUGCUUUUCACCAAUCCCGUGAGCUCCAGUGCCGGUUCGUUGGCGAAAACCGCUGCAUCAGCUGUUGUCAAUUAUUCAGGCCUCACGCCCCGUGUUGAAUACAAAAUGAUCCCACCUGAACCUCUAUGGAAAUUGGCAGCAGCCUCAGGACCGUAUAUGAGGCUUGCAGGACUCAGUGGAGCAGCUGCAGUCAUUCUCGGGGCAUACGGGGCUCACAGGAAAUAUCGGGAUGAGGAACUGAAGCAGGUGUUCGAGACUGCCAAUAAGUAUCAUUUUUAUCAUUCAUUGGCGAUGGUGGGGCUGGCUAUGUGCAGGGCACCACUUCUGACUGCUGCCCUGUGGAUUUCUGGAACCUUCAUGUUCUGUGGAAGUUGUUACUAUUACGCCUUCACAGGUGACAAACGUUACAGCAAAAUUACUCCAUUUGGGGGAACCUGCUUCAUACUGGGCUGGCUCACCAUGUGCAUAUAAAUUAUUAAUUAUAAUCACCCACAAGGUCUGUUGAGAGCAAGAAAAUGUGUUUAAGAAUGAGAAAUGUUUUGUGAAGAGAUAAAAUAUUGUACAUCAAGGGGAUCAGCAGCGAAGUGGUAAAUUGUCUUGACGAAAUUCCAAUAUUUCAUGAGAAAAUGUCAAGAGAUUUUUUUUUUCUGAAGGAGAAAAUUUCCAAGCGAAAAAAUUGUCCCUGGUACAUUUUACCACUUCCCUGCUGACAUUAUUUUCCAUAUUAGAUACUCCUAGUAGCUUAUAAAAACAAUCUCAACGAUAAUAAAUACAAAGGUUAUUUACACACUAA